ACCAUGUUUCUAUUUGGCAAGCAAAAGACACCAAAAGAGGUUCUUAGAGAGAACCAGAGAGCAUUGAAUAAGUCAAUGAGAGAACUGGAUCGUGAAAGAGUCGGCCUGCAGAAUCAAGAGAAGAAGAUCAUCAUUGACAUCAAAAAGAUGGCUAAACAAGGACAGAUGAACUCUGCCAAGAUCAUGGCAAAGGACUUGGUGAGGACGAGAUUCCACAUUCAAAAGUUCUACGAGAUGAAGACACAACUCCAGGCAGUUAGUCUUAGAAUACAGACACUACAAUCUACUCAGUCAAUGGCAGAGGCAAUGAAGGGAGUGACAAAGGCAAUGAUGGUAAUGAACAGACAGAUGAACAUACCUCAAUUCACAAAGAUUAUGAUGGAGUUUGAACAACAGUCAGAUAAAAUGGACAUGAAGGAGGAAAUGAUGAACGACACUAUGGACGAUGUCAUGCAACAGGACGGUGAAGAGGAACAAUCACAAGAGAUCCUCAACCAGGUACUCGACGAGAUUGGAAUAGAUUUGGCGUCACAACUGGUCGAUGCUCCAACUUCUACUGCAUCAUCUGUAGCUUCAAAGCAUCAGGUGAAU